AUGCAACUUCUGACGCCGUGGUGGCUCCUCCUAGGCCUUUUGUCUGUUUCUUCUGCAACUGCGACACAGAAUGGAACUGAAGGAAUCGAUCUGUUUGAGGUCCAUCUCCCUGUAGACUGGAAGGCCGCAGUCGCCGAUGGGGUGAAGUUUGUCUUCGUCAAGGCAACUGAGGGUAUCAACUACGAAAACGUGCGCUUCGCUUCUCAAACAGCCGGCGCUCUCGCUGCGGGGGUCCUCCAUGGCGCAGUGCACUUCGCAACUGCAGCGGAAAGCAGCGGAGCCGAUCAAGCCGACUUCUUCAUCGAACAUGGAGGGAACUGGACCGCGGAUGGACAGAGGCUCCCUGGGGUGCUGGAGAUGGAAGGCAAUAUUGCGGGCAAGCUUUGCCAUGGGAUGACGCCAACAGAAAUUACGGACUGGAUGCUCGAUUUCUCUCACAGGUACAAGUUCCGGACGGGUCGAGCGCCGAUCCUGUUCCUCUCGGCCAGCUGGUGGUCACAGUGCGCCGGGAACAAUGCGACGUUUGGCGCGGACCAUGCAUUAUGGUUGGCGAACUGGGCUGAGGAGAUGGGCGCGCUGCCGGCAGGCUGGGAGGCUGCUAGGUUCUGGCAAUAUGCAGGUUGGAGUGAAAAUGGAGGAGAGGCAAAUGUGUUUUUCGGUAGCUCCAAGGACUUAGUAAAGUUUGCAAUGGGAGCUUAA